AGGCAAUAAUUAAAAGAAGCUUAAAGAAAAAGAGCUGAAUCUCCCACUCCACUCUUGAUACUAAGAGAGAGCAUCAAAUAUCCAAAGCUAAAGAAAAGAAAUACACACACUCCUAACCCAAAUGACCCAAUAACAGUACUGGUAAUGCCCAUUACUUCACAGCCUGUAAGAAGCUCUUGAAACUCUGUGAGAAACCGACAAUUAAAGAUAAUUCCAAGCACCCCAUGUGGGAUUCUUCCUUUUCACUCACCAUCCCUGUUUCUCCGGCUGUUCUGAUGUGUUCCUCUUCUCAUUUUCUCUGCUCUUCUUCUGAACCACUGUCACUUUCCUGAGAAAAUCCUGCUCAAUUUUUUCUGGGAUUUUAGCUUCCAUCAUGUGGGAAUCAGAGAAUGAGUCAAUUGGAGGGAGAGACUACAACAAUGGAGUGCUUAGUUCAAACAAGCAUGGUGUGAAGACUGAUGGGUUUGAGCAAAGAGGCCAAUCUUGGUAUGUUACAACUGAUAUUCCAAGUGACUUUUUAGUUCAAAUUGGAGAUGUUAGUUUCCACUUACACAAGUAUCCCCUACUUUCUAGAAGUGGAAAGAUGAACAGAAUCAUAUAUGAAUCACGUGAAGCCGACUUGAAUAGGAUGGCUUUAGAUGAUCUUCCCGGCGGACCAGAGUCUUUUGAGUUAGCUGCAAAGUUCUGCUAUGGAAUUGCAGUUGAUCUCACAGCAACCAAUAUCUCUGGCCUGCGCUGCGCGGCAGAGUACCUUGAAAUGACAGAGGACUUGGAAGAAGGCAAUCUCAUAUUCAAAACCGAAGCAUUUCUCAGCUACGUGGUCUUAUCGUCGUGGAGAGACUCUAUUCUAGUAUUGAAGAGCUGUGAGAAGCUCUCACCAUGGGCAGAAAACCUCCAAAUUGUGCGAAGAUGCAGCGAGUCCAUUGCAUGGAAGGCUUGUGCCAAUCCAAAAGGAAUCAGAUGGGCAUACACUGGAAGACCCCCCAAAGUUUCGAGCCCAAAAUGGAAUGAUAUGAAGGAUUCAAGCCCCAGCAGGAACCAACAGGUCCCUCCUGACUGGUGGUUUGAAGAUGUGUCAAUUCUUAGGAUUGAUCACUUUGUUCGUGUCAUUACAGCGAUUAAGGUAAAGGGUAUGAGGUUUGAAUUGAUUGGAGCUGCAAUAAUUCAUUACGCGGCUAAAUGGCUCCCUGGAUUGAUAAAGGAAGGGAUGGAGACAGUGGAUGAAGGAAGCAACAGUAGUAAUAGUAAUGGUAGUGGUAGUAGAAGUUGGAAAGGGGGGCUUCAUAUGAUCUUGGCUGGGACUAGAGAUGACAUACCAAGUGUUCAGGCCAAAGAUCAAAGAAUGAUCAUUGAGAGUUUGAUAAGUAUAAUUCCUCCACAGAAGGACAGCGUGUCGUGCAGCUUCCUUCUUCGGUUGCUGAGGAUGGCAAACAUGUUGAAAGUGGCUCCGGCUUUGGUCACUGAGUUGGAGAAAAGGGUGGGGAUGCAGUUUGAGCAGGCAACGUUGGCGGAUCUUUUAAUCCCUUCAUACACUAAGAUUGAGACUAUGUAUGAUGUUGAUCUUGUUCAGAGGCUUUUGGAGCAUUUUCUUGUUCAAGAGCAGAUGGAAAGUAUGAGUCCAAGAAGACAUUCUUUUUCUGAGAAACACAUCCAUGAAGGAACUCAAAGGGUUACUACUAACCCCAAUGCCAAGAUGAGAGUGGCAAGACUUGUUGAUAGUUACCUUACAGAAGUCUCCAGAGAUAGAAACCUCUCUCUUACAAAAUUUCAGGUCUUGGCUGAGGCUCUGCCAGAAUCUGCAAGAACUUGUGAUGAUGGAUUGUAUCGAGCAAUUGAUUCCUAUCUUAAGGCUCAUCCAACACUGUCAGAGCACGAAAGGAAGCGGCUCUGUCGUGUGAUGGACUGCCAGAAGCUGUCGAUAGACGCCUGCAUGCAUGCUGCCCAGAACGAACGGCUGCCACUAAGAGUUGUGGUGCAAGUCCUCUUCUCAGAACAGGUCAAGAUAAGCAAUGCCUUAGCCAACAGUACCCUGAAAGAGGGUGGUGAAUCCCACUACCAACCUAUGAUUACCAACCGGAAAACAUUACUUGAAGGGACUCCUCAAUCAUUUCAAGAAGGCUGGGCUGCAGCUAAAAAGGACAUUAACACACUCAAGCUAGAGCUAGAGAGUGUUAAGUCCAAGUACAUAGACCUCCAAAAUGACAUGGAGAACUUGCAGAGACAAUUUGACAAGAUCACAAAGCCAAAACAAUCAUCAGCAUGGACCAGUGGGUGGAAAAAACUGAGCAAGCUCACCAAGAUGACAGCUUUAGAGACUAAUGAUUUAGGGUCACAGAUGCCAAACGCGGAACAGACUCGAAAGGCACCUAGAAGAUGGAGGAAUUCCAUUUCCUGAGAAAUUAGAAAGUCAAGAAAAAACACUCUCUGAAUUCAGAGUCUUUACUUCUUUUAUUUUAUUGAUCAUUUCUUCUUUUCUCUAUAGCAAUUACUUCAACAAGUAGCUUCAGUUUGUCACCCAAUCUGUUUUUGAGUCUUCUAUGAGCAAUUUCUCUGUAGUUCUUAAUACAUCUUGUUCAAUUGUGCUUGUUUUUAUUUGGA